UUUUAGCUAGAAUAGUGAAUAGAUAUGGGGUUUGUCUUGAUUUUGAAGCUGUGUAACAUGCUGCACUAGUUCUUGAUUUUAGCACACCCUUCUCAUUUCCACCUCGAAAACUGUGACAAAUUCUUCAAUUUUCUGAACCCAGACUGUUAAAGUGAGCCUCUUUGAGUCUCUCUCACCUCAGCAUUGCAGCUUCUAUCUGUAAAUUUCAAUGAUGUAAGCAGAACCAGGUUAAAGAUCAGAUAGAGCAAUUCUUCUGUUGUAGCCAGUUUUAUGUCCAUAUUUGCGGUUUUAUCAUGGCUACAUUUCCAGUAUCCUCUAUAGUAGGAUCAAAUGUUUUUUUCAGUCGGGCCACUGAUUUGAGUAAUUUGGUUUUUGCUGGUCACAUGAUCUCUAAGAAAAUAGUGGCACAAAGUGCAGGAAAAAAAGAUGGGCAGAGAAAUUUAGUUUUUCAAGGAGUUGCAAUGAGUGCGGCAAAUAGAUCUUAUCAUGAACACAGGCAAAAUGUGUUGAUUACAUCACAAUCUUUUGUUCUUCACACUCCAGAAAAGGUCUGGAAAUAUCUAUUUAGGACGGAAACUGGUGAUCUGGUAAAGGUGUGGAUUGAGAUGAAGAAUAAUAAUUACAGUGUCUUUGUCGAAGUUUCAUCACCACAACUUUUAGAUGGAAAUGGCGAUCUGCUUAUGGUUUGGGGAAUGUAUAGGUCUGAUUCAUCAUCGUUCAUGACUAUGGAUCAUCAAAGUUCCAGUGUAACUUCCCCACAAAAUACUACAGAGACCCCGCUGUUGCUAAAGUCUUCAGGGAAGAUUGCAGUUGAGCUAAAUUUAGAAGCAAAUCUAGCCCCAUUUUACCUCUCAUUCAAACUUAAGUUUCGUUCAAGCGAUGGCUUAAGAAUAUCUGAAAUUAGAAGCCACAGAAAUACAAACUUUUGUGUGCCAGUCGGUUUCAGUUCAGGGUAUCCAGCUCCUUUAGGUCUUUCCUUCUCUACUGAUGGUUCAAUGAACUUCUCCUUAUUUUCACGAAGCGCGGAAAGGGUUGUUCUGUGUUUGUAUGACACUUCAAUGAAUGCUGAGCCUGCUCUAGAGAUUGAUCUAGAUCCUUAUGUCAAUCGGACAGGUGACAUCUGGCAUGCCUCGAUAAAUAGUGCAAUUCCUCUUUUAAGCUACGGCUAUAAGUGUCAGGCUGGUACCAAGCAAAAAAAAGAUACUGUCCUUUUAGAUCCCUAUGCUAAAAUCAUUGGGAACAAUAGUUCAAGUUUGCUUCCACGGUAUCUUGGACAACUGCAGAAGGAACCGAAUUUUGAUUGGACUGGUGAUAUUCGCCCCUUCUUACCUUUAGAGAAGCUUGUGGUCUAUCGAUUAAAUGUUCUGUGUUUCACUAAAGAUCAAUCAAGUGAAUUACCUGAUGACAUUGCAGGUACUUUCACUGGUAUCUCUCAGAAGUUGCAGCAUUUUAAAGAUCUUGGUGUCAAUACAAUCUUAUUAGAACCAUUCUUCCCUUUUAAUGAUCAACAAGGACCCUAUUAUCCCUUUCAUCUCUUUUCUCCAGCAAAUAUUUAUGGACAUUCCAAAAGUCCUAUAUCCAAUAUAAAGUCAGUUAAGGAGAUGGUAAAGACAUUACAUGCCAAUGGCAUAGAGGUUUUUAUGGAAGUUGUUUUUACCCAUACCGCUGAUACUGAAUCACUUAAAGAUAUCGAUAAUUCAUCAUAUCAUUAUGUAAGAGAAUAUGAUGGUAUUCACCAAAAUACUUUAAAUUGUAAUUUUCCUGUUGUCCAGCAGUUGAUUUUGGAUAGCCUUCGACAUUGGGUAAUUGAGUUUCAUAUUGAUGGCUUCUGUUUCAUAAAUGCUGCUUCAUUAUUGAGAGGGUGUAAUGGGGAGACCCUCUUCCGCCCCCCUUUGGUGGAAGCGAUUGCGUUUGAUCCCAUACUCUCAAAUGUCAAGAUCAUAGCAGAUUGUUGGGAUCCACAUGAUGCUGAGCCAAAGGCUGUACGUUUUCCACACUGGAAGAGGUGGGCAGAAGUGAAUACAAGAUUUUGUGAGGAUGUAAGAAAUUAUCUGAGAGGUGAGAAUCUUUUAAGUAACCUUGCAACUAGGCUUUGUGGGAGUGGAGAUAAUUUUUCGGCUGGUCGAGGCCCAGCUUUCUCCUUCAAUUUUAUUUCCAGAAAUUCUGGACUCUCUCUUGUUGACUUGGUCAGUUUUAGUGCCAGUGAGUUGGCUUCAGAGUUAAGUUGGAAUUGUGGAGUAGAAGGUGCAACAACUAAUCCUGAUAUACUUGAAACACGACUUAAACAAGUUCGAAAUUUUCUCUUCAUUUUGUUUGUUUCCUUAGGAGUUCCUGUCCUAAAUAUGGGAGAUGAAUGUGGUCAAUCUUCUGGUGGUUCUCCUGCAUAUGCAGACAGAAAGCCCUUUAAUUGGGAUUCUCUAAAAACUGGCUUCGGCAUUCAGACCACAGAGUUUAUCUCUUUCCUGAGUUCACUGAGAGUGCGGAGAAGUGAUCUUCUUCAAAAGAAGAACUUCUUAAAAGAAGAGAAUAUUGAAUGGCACGGGAUUGAUCUGAGUCCUCCAAGUUGGGAGGACUCGGAAAGCAAAUUCUUAGGCAUGAUAUUGAAGGUUUAUGAAGAAGAAAUUCAGUCAACCUCCUCCGCACCUAGUGUGAAUGGUAACAUGUUUAUUGCUUUUAAUGCCGCAGAUCAUUCAGAGGACAUUCUUUUACCCCCACCCCCAGCUGACAUGGAAUGGCAACGUUUGGUUGACACAUCUCUUUUAUACCCGGGAUUUUUCUCCUUGGAUGGUGAUCCAGUAUUUGAGCAGAUGCCAGAAUUAGUAUACGAGAUGAAGUCUCACAGUUGCAUCUUGUUCGAGUCUAGACACACAAGUGGUUAAUCUAUAGUCUCUUACCAGCCAAACUCGGGUUGCCUCUUUGGCAGUGCAAAUCAUGUUUCCCCCAUCAUAUCUGCUGCAUGUAUCAUCAGUUCAAUUUCUCAACAUGGCAACUCACUGUGGCUCUUAGGCCAGACAACAGUGCAGCUUUGUUAGAGAUACUUAGUACAUAAAAUGUUCUUGAAGCGAGGUAGAUGCACAUAUUCCAUACCAUGUAACUAUUAUAUAUCCUGAAGUACGAUUUUCUGGCCCAGUUUUCUAUAAUCUAAAAUUUUCUGAUACA